AUGGACGACGACGACGACCUCGGCGUGCACCAAGCGCUUUGGGACGCCGCCGCGCAGCUGAGUCCGCGCCGGGCGCCAGGCGACGACGCCGUCGCGACGACCACGCUGCCCUUCUACGAGCACGUACCGCCCACCGAGGCGCUCCGGCGGCUCUUCAAAUGGUUUCAGUCGACCGAGAGCAUGAGCCGCGACGCGUUCAACCGGCUGCGCCUUGCGGUGCACAGAGCCGAGGUGACCGACGAGCAGUGGACGUCGGCGAUGCGCGCGCUGGGCAGCAACGACAAGAAGUCUGUGGCCGAGGCCGAGUUCAAGGAGCUCUUUGGCCCACCACCGUUCUUUGGCCCGACGUCGUCUUCGACGAACUUGCCGCCGCAGCUGCUUCUUGCGCAAGAAGUGACUCGCAUGGAAGCGUUCGUGCACUUUCUAAAGGACCUCUUCAAACGGUACGCGACAGAAGGCGACACGAUGACAUUCGAGAACCUCAAAACACUUCGACGCGAUGCAGGCAUCGACGCACCUCUGGACGUGACAUCGUGGGAGAUGCUCUGCAAGAGUGUGCAAGCGAGCGAGUCGGUGAUGAACUGGAUGCAAUUUGCCGCGGCGUGGCACAUCAAUUUGCGCGCCAACCAGCGCGGAAGCCAGCGGGGCUUUUGCCACCCACACGUCCACCCGAGCGACGCGGUCCAUGCGUGCGUCGCCAACAAGAAGGUCCAACUGCACUUUAGCAAGCAUGACGUAAUUUCGCGCGAGACGCUGCAUCGGCUCUUGGAAGCGACGUCUGAGCCCGAGACGUCGUCGUUUUUGAGGCCCAAGAAAAAAAAGUCGGGGAAGAAAGCCAUAACCGACGACGACGACUGGUGCGAGAUGCUCGAGAAAUUUCAAGUCGCCAACACGUACCCGCUACACGACGAGACGAACGAGAGCAAUUUGCACCCGCAGCGCCGGGUCAAAGACGUGCGCUUACCGACCAAGCCCCAUGACACGAUCAUCCACACAGCCAACAACCUCAUGAUGUACGAGAUUGCCUUUGACGAGCUCGGACCAAUCGGGCUCCAAGUGCAAAGUGACUUUUUCGGCCAGUGCAUGACGAUCCGCGCCAUUGACGGCCAAGCCAAGAAGCACGCACUCAUACAGCUCAACGAUAUCGUUGCGUGCGUCGACGGCCGCAUGACCAUUUUUCCGCCCGCCUUGUCCGAGGCCGAAGAGGCAACGCGCCAGAGCGAGAUGCAAGCCGCGCUCGACACCCACGGCAGCAGCAGUCAGCGCAUUGUGUUUUUGCGCCAAGAAGUCUACUACAACAAUCUCCAAGCCACCGACGGCAUCCGCGUCGUGCUCCAAACGCCAAAAGGCCUGGCCUCCCACUCGUACUUGACCAUGGUACUGCAUGGGAUUGCGUGCCCGCCGUCGGUCGUCGCGGGGCCCGGUGACAUUUCCCAUGUCGACGGUGCCACAGUCGUCAAGCUCUAUGCGGACUGGACGCCGUGGCAGCGCCUCGUCACCGACGCGUUUGUCAACAAGCCUGUGCACACGGACGAGAGUCGGUUUUCCGACCCGUCGUUGGCGCCCAAGACGCUGAGCGUCGACCAAGGCGACUCGGGAAUCACGCUCACGUCGGACUUUUACGGCCAGUGCGCGGUCGUCGCCAGCAUCUCGCCGCUUAAAGGCAUCACGACCAUCUUGCCCGCAGAUGUGUUGAGCUGCGUGAUCUACACCAAUGCGGACGGCGUCGUCGUGCGCAAAAGCUUGAUCCGGCCGUUUGCGCUCUCGUCGUCGGACGCGAAGCAGCACUUGAAGGACGUUGAGAGUGUGCUGGAGGAACGCGCGAAGUCGCAGACACCGUACACGCUCCAAUUCUUGCGGCUUCACUCGUUCUACGUCCAGAGCGGGCUCAAGACGACGCUGAGCUUGGAUGUGCUCACGCGAUUAGAGACCAACGCGGUCAUUGCCAUCGAGAUGCCCAACUCGGAUUGGCGGGCACCGGACUUUGAUGCGAUGUCGGCCAUCUUUGUCAAGCCCGAGGGACUCGACGUCGCCCGGAUGCACUGGAAUGCCGGCGCACACUACUUUGAAGUGACGCUGGGCGAGUGCGCUUUGGAAGUCGGGACGCAGCUCGUGCUCGAGCUCGUUGGCGUCCAAGGACCAGCUGCGCGCACGGCGGGGCCGUCGGAAAUCACGUUUGUGGGCCCCAACCGCAUGCGACUGGAGCUUCAUGAGCAUUGGCAUUCGUUUCUUGGCGGCUGGAGCGGCAUUGCGAGCGAGCAACUCGUCGACGUGCUCGCGAAGCUUGAGACGACGCCGCUCAAUCUCUGGACUGUUCUCGAGUACUCGCACUUGCUCUUCCACAUGUACGCCGACAAAACGACGGCGCACAUGACGCUCGCCCGCACCAACGUCCUCCGCACCACCGUCCAUGGACCUGGACACGAAAUGAGCGAAGAGGCAUGGCUCGCGGCGUGUCGCCGGGUGCACGCUGCCCCUCGCACGGGCCUGGACGAGAAGCAGUUUGCUGUCGCGCUCUUGCAGCUCCUCGGCGAGAAGGUGUCGCCCAGAGAUAUUCAGCGCAUCUAUAUCUUUGCGCAUUCGGUCGAAAAACUCUUUUACACGGCGCUCGACCUCUUCGAGCCAAAGCACGUGAAGGUGCUACAUGAACCCAGCAUGCGCGCACUCCACCGCGCAGCGUUCCAGCACCUUCCGUUCCGCACGUUCCAAGAGAAAAUGUGGCGGCUGGGGUCGCAAGGCUGCUGGUCCUCGGAUGCAUUUGGCCGCGGCUUUCACCUUAUGCAACCGGGCGACAUGAACCCAGUUGCGGCGUGGAUCAAGUUGCACUACGCGUCCGCGCUCUUUGACCAAUUUGCGCGCAUGGGCGAAAUGCAGCGCGACAAUUGGCGCGACAUGCUCAAAGCGCGCAAGUCGGACAUUAUUUUGGACGAAGAGUUGUGGACCCGUCUCUGCGAGUCGGUCGCUGGCCACCACGUAACGCCGUCUGGGGGGCUGAAGAAAGGCGAGUUUGUCCAAGCGUACCACUCGGAUGUGCUCGGCCCCGUGCGCGACGCGAUGGUCGACUGGAACUACAUCCAAGCGUACACCAUCGAGCCCACGGCCCACCAGCGCAACAUUGGCGACGCUAUCGAAGCGCAGUCUGCCAUCGCACCCGAGAAGCUGCGCGUCAACGAGAUCGCGGCCAAGGCGCUCGACGCGCUCGUGAGCACGGACGACAUUGCCGAAGAAGCGAGCCAACUCGACAUUGGCUUCAAGCGCACCGAUGUCGUCGAAGAACGCGAGAUCGUUUUCGAGGAAGAAGCGCUCAAAGCAACGUUUGCAUCGCCUGCGGCGGCGCGCGACCGGGGCUUCCUCAAUGUCCGCGUCAAAAGUGUCUGCGAGGUACGCAAGGACGACGACGACGGAGAGGACAUGGAGGACGACGACACCAACACGUCACUCGACGAGUACUAUGUCGUCAUGUACACCAUCUCGCCGGACGAGUGGCACCACGAGUUCAAGCCCGUCGUGCGCACGUGGGCGGAUUGGCGCCAGCUGCUCGGCCCGACGCUCAAACGCAAAGCGCUCGAGCUACUGCGGGGUCAGCGCAAGGAGCCGUAUAAGUGUGGGCCCCACGAGGAGUGGGACUCGAACAAGUCGCAGGACCUUGCAGCCGAGUACGCGACGAAAGCAGCCAAGUUUCGUGAGCAAACCGAAGGUAAAGGACGCUUCAACUGUCAAGGCGGUCAGCUGAUUGAAAUGCUAGUCAACGACAUGCUGCGGAGCGAAAUGUGCUCGCGCCAGAGCCGCCACCAGGUAUGA